AUACAGGAAAAAACCCAGCCCUCUCCUACAGAGAGCCUCAACCAGUGACAGCUACUACCCGCAGGCGAGCAGGGCUGCCUGAAGCCAGCGGCAGAGCCAGCUCCACAUCUGCAGCCCGUACAACCUCCUGGCAACUACCAGCCGCUAUCCACCAGGCUCUCCAGGAUAGGUUCUCCAGGAGAAAGUCAGCAGGCAAUUAGCUGGUCCUCAUGUCAGACAAACCCAGCCCUGGGCCCGGCCCCACUUCGGCACCCGGCAAUGAUUUUGGAGAGAUCCACAACUGGACAGAACUGCUCCACCUUUUCAACCACACCUUUUCGGAUUGCCACAUGGAACUCAACGAGAAUGCCAAGCAAGUCGUCCUCUUCGUCCUCUACCUGGCCAUCUUUGUGGUAGGGUUAGUGGAGAACAUUCUGGUGAUCUGCGUCAACUGGCGCCGCUCAGGCCGGGCGGGGCUGCUGAACUUGUACAUCCUCAACAUAGCCAUCGCAGACCUGGGCAUCAUCCUGUCUCUGCCCGUCUGGAUGCUGGAGGUCAUGCUGGACUACACCUGGCUCUGGGGCAGCUUCUCCUGCCGCUUCACCCAUUACUUCUACCUUGCCAACAUGUACAGCAGCAUAUUUUUCCUCACGUGCCUCAGCAUUGACCGCUAUGUCAGUCUUACCAGUGCCUCUGCCUCCUGGCAGCGCCACCAGCACCGAAUACGGAGGGCCGUGUGCGCAGGCGUCUGGGUCCUCUCGGCCAUCAUCCCGCUGCCUGAAGUGGUGCAUAUUCAGCUGAUGGAUGGCUCUGAGCCCAUGUGCCUCUUCCUAGCACCUUUCGAGACGUACAGCACAUGGGCCCUGGCAGUGGCCUUGUCUGCUACCACCCUGGGCUUCCUACUGCCCUUCCCUCUCAUCGCGGUUUUCAACAUCCUAACAGCCUGCCGCCUUCGGAAGCAAGGACGGCCGGAGAGCAGGCGCCAGUGCCUGCUGAUGUGGGCUUACAUAGCCGUCUUUGUCAUCUGCUGGCUGCCCUACCAUGUGACCAUGCUACUGCUCACCCUGCAUGCGACCCACAUCUUCCUCCACUGCCACCUGGUUAACCUGCUCUACUUUUUCUACGAAAUCAUCGACUGCUUCUCCAUGCUGCACUGUGUCCUCAACCCCAUCCUGUACAACUUUCUCAGCCCGAGCUUUCGGGGCCGGCUGCUGAGCAUUGUGGUCCGCUACCUUCCCAAGGAGCAGGCCAGGGCAUCAUCCUCCACCCAACACUCCAUUGUCAUUACUAAGGAGGGCGGCCUGCCGGGGGCAGAUCUCCACCCCAACCCCAUCCGAAACUCUCAGGAGACAUCUCCUCUGCCUCCGAACUCCUCGGCUACACUCGGCAACUCCAUAGGCAGCUAAGGUGGAUUCCAGACUCUUCCAUCAGUAACAAAGUCCAGAUGUGGGGGAGGGGACAGGGGAGGAACUGGCUUGUUCAGAGUCAGUUUUAAAUAUAUCAAAACGUUGCUGGGGUGGGGGUGGGGGAGGUCGAGAAGGACAGGGUAUGAGUCCUCCCUUGGUGGUAAGCUAUUUGUUUGGGUCUUCUUGGCAAAGGGAGCCACACAGGUGGGGGGAGGGGUGAAAUAAAUAAAUUAGUAGCGACAGCUGUGCUGGGAUCUGAGCGCUGUGCACGUCCAGCUGGGCUUCGGAAGGCACGGAAGCGAAGGAAUGUUCUGCAGAGGGAACUGGAUGCCCCUGUUUCAUAAAUCACCCUGGGCGGAAAGAGUCCGCGCCACAGGAACCUUGCAAAACUUUGCUUUUGUGUUUGUGUGCUUGUUGAUCUUCCAGCUCACUAAGCAAGUUGUGGGGACAAGGGGCCAGAGGCCAAGGACCCAGGAGGCUUCUGCCGGGCCAUUCUAGCAGUACACAGAGAGUGAGCUAAGGGGGUGGGGACUACAGCCUGGCCAGUUGGGUCUUCGGCAGGCACCCCACCGCUGGCUCAGCAGGAUGGUCCCUCCACCCAGUCAUCCAGGAAGUGUGGCUCCAUUUCCCUGUGGUACCCUCCCUUCCCCCACCCAUCCUGCUCCCCCACACACACACCCCAAAGCAGAGGCCUCCUCAUGAUGACCUUCCGGUUUGAACUUAGGAUACCCCAUUUCCUAGAGAAGCACAGGGCCACCAGUGACCCCACCCCACUCCAUCUCUCAGAUUAUCACAAAGUAUCUGGGGACAUUCACUCUGUGCCUCCGCCUUUGUCCCCUACAGGGAGAGGGAAAGGAGCCAAAGACUGACUUCUCCAUUUCGAGAAAGCUACAGUAAGUUCUCCCUAGCCAAGUCCUUCCAAGGUCUCCCUGCCCAGCACCUUGUCUAGGAACACUAUAGAUAAGAUGUCCUCUUGCUAACAGGCGAGUCUGCGGCAAAGGCUCGGGUGCCAGACUUGGUGAACAGGGCAGCGAACAUGAACUCUAGCGUCUGCCUUGUGUCCUAGGCCCCUGGGCAGCAUAUGGAGGUCGAUGGACUUGCAGUCUGCUCUGGUAAUGGGUGCCCCCAUAAUUGCCUCUGACCUCUUCACUGUCUCUCUAAGUUCUGCUCACCAGCAGAGUCUCUGGAAUGGGGGUGUGGGUGUGUGUGCACGCACGCACAGACGUAUGCUCAAGUGUGUGCCUGUACAUAUGGAAGGUCAACAUGAGAUGUCUCCACCAACUGAUCUCCAACUUGGUCUCUCAUUGCGCCUCCAGAGCUCCAGGGAUCUGUCCGUCACGCCAGUUUAGCUUGCAGAAACCUCAUCCUCUACUUACCAGACCAAUCCCUCUGGCUCUGCCAAAUGUGCAAAGGGAACCAACGCUGACUCGGUGUGCUGGCUCCAAAGCUAACAGGCUCUUAAGUUAGAGACAGCUCCUCGGGGGCAGAGUUCAAGGCUUUUUGACCCAGAAGUCUUAGUUGCUGCUUAAGUUACAGUAAAAAUUUAACCAAAUAAUGCAGAAAUUGCAUUAGAAA